AUGCACAUCGAGGGACCUCAUUAUAGCAACACGUCGUCCAGCUUUGCUUUUGUCGAGCUACAGGGAGUCAGACUGGGCCAUGUGCAUGCGCGAGGAGGCGUUGCUGUACCUUCCAUGCUGCAUGGAUCUGCAGACCGUCCAGACUCUGUUCCAUUUCCGAGGAGUGGAACUAUGGGAUGGCAUUACAGUAAAAACUACAGCAAUGUGCUUCCGAUUUUAGUGAAGAACUCAAUAAAAACGGGGCGAGGGAAAGGAAAAACGAGAGGAAAGUCUUUUGUUAGGACUGGCCCUGACUGGCUCGUCGGUCGCCACCUCAACGUGAGUGCGGGCGCAGCAGCUUGGGGGGAAGGAAUGAAAGGGGGUGACUAA